CCGCGACGUCACAUCCAGGCCGAGCUACGGUAACUUAUCUUCCUCGAGAUACUACCUCACAACGAAGGAUUCUAUUGCUACGCUUGGUUACUCACUGUUUGCAUUUGUCUGUGAACAAAAGGUCGAAUACCCCGCAUCGCCAUCUUCGACUCCGCCAAUCCGUUCCAUCCUCACAAUCGAAAACCUCCGGAUCCAAAAUCCAUCACAUCAACAAGAGAAAUAGAAGGAGGAAAAAAAUCAUGCCGUACGCCCCGAAAAUCGGAGACCCCAUCGAGGUGCUCGACACGCCCUCCAUGGUCGUCGACCUCGAUAAAAUGGAAUCCAACAUGCGCAAGCUCUUCUCCAAAUUCCUCCCCACCGGCAUCAACAUCCGCCCACACCUCAAAACCACCAAAUCCGCAACCAUUGCGAAAAAGCUCGUCGCAGCCGGCGCAAAGGGCGGCUGUGUUGCCAAACUCAGCGAAGCCGAAGUCAUGUGCGGGCUCGGAUUCACAGAUCUGCUGAUUACCUGCGAGGUGGUGGGGAAAGUCAAGGUGGCACGGUUGGUUGAGCUGUUCCGCAAGCACAGGGAGAUCCGCAUUGUCGUUGACAGUUUGAAAGGCGCGUCUGCGAUUGAUGAUGCGCUGGCUGUUGCUGGGAUUGAGGGUAAAAUCAAUACACUUGUUGAUUUGGAUGUGGGCUUGCACAGGACCGGCGUGCAGCCUGGUGAGGCGGCGCUCACGCUCGCUCAGUUUGUCGCGGACAGCUCGCAUUUGAAUUUGAUCGGCGUGCAGGGUUACGAGGGGCAUUUGCAGCACGUUCAUGGUGAUGAAGAGCGGAAGAGGCUGUGUUUAGAGAGCAUGGCGAUUCUCACGCAAACAGCGGACGCGUUUCGUGCCGCAGGGCACACAAUCGAUGUCGUUACUACGGGCGGAACUGGCACUGCAGACUUUUGUGUUACAGUCCCUGGGAUCACGGAGAUUCAGCCUGGUUCUUUUGUCUUCAUGGACACCGAUUACCGGAAUGCGAUUGGAGCGCAUUAUGAACAAUCUCUUACUAUCCUCGCUACUGUGCUCAGCACGCAGGGUCCAAAUAUCAUCACAAUCGAUGCUGGACUGAAGAGUCUGACUACCGAUAGUGGACUUGCGGAGUGUAAGACGCGAGGAUAUACGUAUGGUGUUUUGGGAGAUGAGCAUGGAAGUUUGGCGUGGGAUGGUGGGAAUGUGGCGUUGAAGUUGGACGUUGGGGAUCGUGUCGAGAUGGUGCCGAGUCAUAUCGAUCCAACAGUCAAUCUGUUUGAUUGGUAUUAUGCGUAUCGGAACGGGGUGGUGGAAGAAAUUUGGAAAGUUGAUUCGAGAGGAAUGGUGCAGUGA